AUUGUACUUGAACGGCCUCUGAUUCUAGGGCUGCCCUCUUUGCACUGGUCGUGUCCGCCAUAGUCUGUGUGUGUCGUGAGGUCGUCGUGUUGGUCUGUGCUUGACAGAGCAGUCAUCAUGCCGGCGGCGGCGACGAAGAAGGCGCCCGCGGGGCCCAAGGGCCCCAAGAAGAAGACGGUGACUUUCACCAUUGAUUGCACCAAGCCGGUCGAAGAUGCGAUCAUGGAGAUUGCCUCGUUUGAGAAAUACCUAGAGGAUAGAAUAAAGGUUGGCGGGAAGACUGGAGUUCUGGGCAAUCAAAUCAUUAUCUCGCGGGAGAAGUCGAAGAUCAACGUCACUUCGGAGAGCUUGAUGUCCAAGAGGUACUUGGAAGUAUUUGACGAAGAAGUAUCUGAAGAAGCACAAUGUGCGGGACUGGCUUAGGGUUAUUGCAUCGAACAAGGACAGGAAUGUCUACGGGUUGAAGUAGUUCAACGUUCAAGACAACGAGGCAGAGGAGGAAUGAGAUGGGUUCUGCGGCUGCAUCUGGCUUCGUUUCUGUGUGCUGUUCCUGUGUUCUUUUUCCCGUUCCUUCAUGUGUGGUUGGCCCUCUCCUCCUCCCAUUGCGUCACUCAAUCGGUCGUUCGGUCGUCAAUCAAUCGGUCGUUCGGCAGAUCGAUCGGUCGGUCUCUCGGUCUCUCGGUCGGUCGGUGUGAGUGCCGUUGAAACUGAUCGUUUCUUCCUGAGGAAAUUCGCUGCGACCGAUGCAGUGAGUGCCCUUCUAUCACGCCUCGUUAUCGUGGGACCUUGGCAAUG